AUGUCGGCAGAGGAUCAAGACAACAAGAUCGGACGUCAUAGUCUUUUGUGCAUCGCUUUUGUGGACUUGUUAAAAAAAUCGUUUGACAAGGUGAACCUUAAAAUCCUCUUGAAAAUCUUGGGCAUAUCUGGGUGUCCAGUAACAGUCAUCAGGAUCAUGGAGAAACUACACACGGAUGUACAUACAAGACUCAUUGUUCGAUGGUGAACUUGCAAGACUUUUUGAUAACAACAAUGGGCAGAUUAAAGGGGUACGAGGGACCGCGGCAGCCCCUUUUUCUGUGAAAAUUUAUCAUCAUUAUUAUUUUCAAAGAUUCUCAGAAAAAUAAAUUAUAAAAACUGGCAAGUGUACGGGUACCCCUUUCUGAAUUUUUUGAUCGCAUCCGCCCCUCGGUGCGAUAUGUCGAUCGGCUUGUCGACCGCGGAUCGGUCGGUGGUGCCAAGCAAUGCUCUUAAGUACACACAUCCGAAAGCUGCGUUAGUAUUGACUUCAUGAGCUCCAAGGCCAUGACAUGACGUUCCGUAACGUAACUAUUGUGGGUUUUUCAACAAAACUUGCCAGAUAAAGAGGCUUAAAACAAAACCGGCUAAAGAAUGACUUUUCAACAGUUGCAAAAGAAGGUUACGUCCUUACACGACCCUUGAUCUAUUUUGGACCAUUAUGCAAAUCUCUACAUCUUUUAAUUAAACAUCCAACUUCCAUAUUUGCUUCCCCCAACCAAUCAGCAUAUUCCGCAUGUUUAUAUAUAAGGCUAAAAAAAUAAAAAAGGACAUUACCCUAGAAACAGCACAUAAAUAGAGUUCGUUUCUUCGUUUCCUCGGCAGCCUGUUCGUACGAUCUAGAGGGUUCACUGAAAUGUCUUCCGAUGAAGAGAGUUUGGAUGAAGAAGGUGCGCCUUAUCUUGGUGAAUAUGAAGGAGAAAGAAAUGAAAGUGAAGAGCGUCAUGGAAAAGGAAAAGCAAAGCUACCAAACGGUGACGAAUAUGAAGGUGAAUAUUUACACGGCAAGCGGCAUGGACAAGGCACUUACAAGUAAGUUUGGCUAUAAAAUGUACACGGUUGACAGACAAUGUUUUCGUUCUACAGUAGAACCCCGCUCUACGGACACCCGCAUAUAACGAACAGUUUAUAUAAAGAGUUUCUCUAAAACUAACCCGCUUAAUACGGACACCGCCGUUAAUAUGGACAACGGACAUUUUCCUGUGUCCCGAGUCACGAACUCCCGCGAACACAUCCUCAACCCCGCUUUACGGGACUGUUUUUCUGCGUACCGCCUAUGAAUGAACAUUUUACCAGUGAAAAUCUAACAGAAACGGCGAAUGACCUUUUAAAGGAUCUGUCUCACAUCCAGUCCAGUCCACCUGGCUCAGUCGCAGACUAAAACUGUCAUUAUAACGUACAGUAACGGAUUCCAUUGUCGUGUUUCACGAACAACACUUAAAAUGUCAUUUACGUCCGAGACUGAUAAAUGAUCGUGAGGUUUCUUUGGGAUAAUCUUCUUGUAGUCAUAGUCAAAAUGUAGUGAAGUUGUCUCCUUCAUCUUUACUGAUUACGAUAAAACAUGUAUCCGUGACCUUUUUUGUGACAGCCCGCUUAAUAUGGACACCCGGUUAAUAUGGACACUGUGGUAUGUCCUCUAGGUGCCGGGUUCCAUUGUAUUUCUUCCUCCUCGAACAAUAGAAGCAAAAGCUUUGCAAGUCAUAGACAGUCAGCGACAAACGAUUAAAAAGUUGUUUUGUAACUAAAAGAACAAGAACAAAAGGACAAACAUUCUUGCCACUCAUCGUCAGACAAGAAGUUCAUAAACUGCUAAGACAACCGCAAUUCCAGUUUUAUUCUUUUAAGAAGUUAAAUAAUUCUUCGUCGAACCUGAGAAUUGACGAUUUCGGAGCCGAGAGAUAUCAGUUCACAUUUUGAAAGAUAAACUGGAUAUACAGAUAAAUUUAAACGGCGAAUGACCUUUCAAAGAUCUGUCUUAUAUCCAGUUCAGUCCACGGCCGGGCUCAGUCGCAAACUAAAACCGUCAUAUAUAAACCUCAGUAACGGAUUCCACUGUCGUGUCCUGAGAAUUGACGAUUUUGGAGCCGAGAGAUAGAAGUUCACAUUUUGAAAGACAAACUGGCUAUACAGAUAAAUUUAUACCACAGGGCUAUGAUGUUCCAUAAGCUACGAUAUAGUUACCAACAGCGAGACCUUGCGAAAGUCAGCAAAAAGGCUAUCCCUCAGUCUUUAAAAUGCAUUUUUUAGAUUUCAAGGCGGAGGAAAAUAUACAGGAAGUUACAUGAAUGGGAUUAAGCAUGGAGAAGGUACCUUCGUCUACCCUGAUGGCUCCAAAUAUGAAGGGUACUGGGUUAAUGAUGUGCGUCAGGGCCAUGGAAAAUACACGUACCCUAAUGGAGACAUUUACGAAGGGGAAUGGGCUGAAAACCAGCGGCAUGGCCAUGGUGUAUACAGUUAUGCAGUUACCGGCUCAAAAUACAGCGGGAUGUGGGUACACGGAAAGAUGGAGGACGCGGGAGAGUUGAUUCAUGCUAAUCAUCGUUUCGUCGGUUGCUUUCAACAAAAUCAGCCUAAAGGUAAAGGCAAGUACAUUUUUGACCACGGCUGUGAAAUGCGUGGUACUUAUGAACUUGCUGAAGUUGUCCUGGAGCCAGAUAACGAGGAAGAAGAAUCUGUUACUAUUUUGGAGCCAAAAUGGAGAAUACAAGAACUGGUGUCUAUUGAUUAAACCCUCAUAAGAAUACGUUCAUAUCGCGGAUUAAGUACCCAUAAAAGGUUGAAAUUACUCUUGAAAAGAAUCAACAAUCACCAAAGUCCCAAUAAUCUAAAGAAAGCUGAUGCUGUUUACAUUCAAGAUAGAGGUUUUAAUAGUUUUGAAGAUAAUAUCAUAAAACUACCAGUUGACAAAACAAAAUGGACUGAUUUUCUGGCUAGAAACGGAGCUUUUAAACUUGAUUUUGAUUUGAAUAUUUGAUUUCGUGUCCGGAAAGUCACUGGGAGUUUCGAAAAACAGGCCCCGUAAGACGAGUUGUUUGAAGGACAGAUCAGACAGCCCAGAGCAAGGGCUAGUUUGCAUAAAAACUCAAAUUAGAUCAGCAGUUUAUCCAGUAUUAGAGAUACACACCUCAGCAAUAUCGAUCUCAAUCCACCAAGUUCCUAUAAACGAGGUACAAUAUAGUGCACAGCCCGCGCCCUUAAUAUUUUUCAGUGACAAAAUAAAAGCGUCAUUUUUUGAGGUGUGAACGUAUAGUCAUGAGAUCAACAAACCAAAACUAUCCCAGAGUGAUAUAUGACACUUUCGUAACUGACGUAACCGAGACAGUUUCAUUACUGGCACGAGCUGAACACAGACUGACAAAAUCGUAAGAUAAAUUCCACAAAGAAACAACAACAACAAUGGCUUGGUACAAAACUCAAACUUGCAUUUUAUCUUAAUUACUUUUAAAUGCUUUUUUUUCUUUUACAUCUUUUCCUAAUUUACAUCUUUGAACCGCUCGCUGCUUUUUACAUGUUUUUAUAAUUUAAGCCACACCCCAUUGAGACCCUCGCAUAACGGCAGGCAUACUCAAAAAAACUGAGCUUCUGCAUCCAUACAC